AUGUUGAGAAGGAACGUGAGGCUGAGGAGGGAGUACCUCUAUCGGAAAAGCUUGGAGGGCAAAGAGCGUUUGCUCUACGAGAAGAAGCGCAAAAUUCGCGAAGCUUUGGCAGAGGGAAAACCGAUCCCGACCGAGCUCAGAAACGAAGAGGCGGCGCUCCGCCAGGAAAUUGACCUCGAAGAUGAAAAUACUGCCGUUCCCCGUUCGACAAUUGAUGAUGAAUAUGCAAAUGCGGCCGAUAGAGAUCCUAAGAUUUUGCUUACAACUUCACGAAAUCCGAGUGCUCCACUGACACAGUUUGUGAAGGAAUUGAAGAUUGUGUUUCCAAACGCACAAGGAAUGAACCGUGGUGGUCAGGUCAUAUCAGAAAUAAUUGAAACCUGCCGGACACAUGAUUUUACGGAUGUUAUUUUAGUUCAUGAACAUCGCGGUGUGCCAGAUGGUAUGAUCAUAACCCAUCUACCUUUUGGUCCCACUGCAUACUUUGGACUGCAUAAUGUGGUAACGAGACACGACAUCAAGGACAAAAAGGCAAUUGGUACGAUGCCUGAGGCUUACCCACAUUUGAUUCUGGAAAAUUUUUCUACUAAGCUUGGUCAGCGGACAGCAAAUAUUUUGAAAUAUCUUUUUCCUGUACCAAAACCAGAUACGAAACGUAUAAUCACUUUCGCAAAUCAGUCUGAUUUCAUUUCUUUCAGACAUCAUAUCUAUGAGAAACGCGGGGGUCCCAAAUCAAUUGAACUGAAGGAAAUUGGCCCUCGCUUUGAAAUGCGGCUUUACCAGAUCAAAUUGGGAACAAUGGAUCAAGAUGAAGCCCAAACUGAGUGGGUCAUCAGGCCUUACAUGAAUACAUCAAAGAAGCGCAAGUUUCUCGGGGACUAA